GAAAUUCCGGCCACCAUCGAAAUCAAGAAAAUGGCCAACGCCGCAGCUCUCCUCAUCCUCGUCGCCGCCCUUUUUGGCCACAUGCUUACAGGCGACGCCCAGCGAUUCUGCGGCAAGUCCGGCGUAACAUUCUCGGUGCGCACGACGGAGAACGUGGUCGGAGGGCAGCCGGAGUACGUGGUGGCGAUCGGGACGUCGUGUUCGUGUCCGAUGAUGUACGUGCGCGUGUGGUGCGACAGCCUGGAGGACAGCGCCGUGCCGCUGGACGCGAGCAAGGUGGAGGUCCAAGACGGGAUGUGCGUCCUCAAGCAGCCCGUCGCCAAGGACUCCCCGGUCGUCUUCAAAUACUCCUCCAAGGUGCCCGUCAACUUCCGCGUCUUCAACGCCUCCCCCCGUUGCUAAGGGGCGUGUGGCUCCUUACGGGCGCCAUGAAAUAAGCUGUAGCCGUGCUAGGCUAAUUUGGAUGAUUUUGUCGGUUCGUUGUCGCAUGGUUUUUGAAUUACUUAUGUUGGGUUCAUCA